UUUUCUCAAAAUGUGGAACGACAGAAGCACUAAAGCAACAAUAGUGUACUUAAAUUUCCUAAAAAUCGGAAGGGAAAAUAACAAUGAUGAAAUUUCAAUUUGAAUUGUACUACGGAAAGCGAAUGCAAAACUAGGAAUAUGAAAAGGAUUAACGAAUUUUAGUCAUAAUUUAAUUUAUAAAAAAUAUAUAAAAAGAAAUUCUACUGAAAAUAAAAUUAUGCUAUGACAAACGAAAAUAAUGGUAGGAUGUAUACUAAGGAGAAUGAACGCAAAAGUAGAAAUAAGAAAAAGUUAUCGAAAAAGAUCAGUAAAGAUAGCAUUAAAACAGAAAGUAGAAGUAGGAUUCACGAAACUUUUAGACUGUUACAUUUCAUUAUUCUUUACAUCAGUUUUUUAAAUAGUUCAGUUAUUGAAUUCAUUGACACUGGAAAUAAAUAUUAAUAAAUGACCAAACUGCGGAAGUAAAUGCCACUUAAAACCAAAUUAAAUGAUGGCUAGCAACAGUACGUUUGAGUGUAACAACAUACCUGCUGAAGAAGGAGAAUUAUUUGUUGAUGAGUUCAACAAGCACGGUAUUGCUGGUAUACAACAAUAUGUAACUGAAAGACUUAAUAAAUGGCGUAGAAUUCCUUUGCACAUAGCAGUAACUGGAAAAGCAGGAGCUGGAAAAUCAACUUUUAUUAAUGUCAUUCGGGGACUUAAAACGGGUGAGGCGGGUGCCGCUCAUACUGAUGUCACUGAAGGCACUAAAACUAUCAAGUCUUACAAACAUCCUUACAGCGAAAAUAUAGUAUUUUGGGAUUUACCUGGAGUUGGUACGGAGAAUUUCAAACGGGAAAAUUAUGAUGAUAAGGUCAAACUGGCAAAAUAUGACUUUUUCCUUAUAUUUUCAUCAGAGCGAUUUUUAGAAAACGAUGGAUGGCUGGCAAAAGAAAUAAGAAAGAUGGAUAAACGGUUCUAUUUUGUACGUACCAAAGUAUUCCUUGAUAUUUCCAAUGAGGCAAAAGGUAGGGCAUUUCCGCGUUCAAGAGAUGACAUUUUGAGUCAUAUACUAAUCGACUGUCUACAGAACCUCGAAGGAUAUGGUAUAUCGGACAGCCCUGUCUACUUGAUCGACAACUUUGAACCAUACGACUUUGACUUCGGUAGGCUCCAAGCAAAGUUAAUCGAGGAUGCACCACAACUAAAACGAGAGGCAUUGGCUUUUUCAAUUAUUGGCCAAACCCAGGAAAUAAUGUUGCAGAAGAAGAAGGAGCUUGAAAAACGAAUUCCUAUCAUUUCAUUGGCAUCUGCAGUGGCUGGUGCGGUUCCCAUUCCGGGCUUUGGCACGGCUGUGGAUGCUGGUCUAAUGAUUAAAGAAAUCAUGUUCUACAGAGAGCAGUUUGGUUUGACCGAAGAUGCAAUCAAAAAGAGUGCAGUAAUGCUAGGAGUGCGCACAGAAGAGCUGAAAAGCCAACUUGAUAUGAAAGAAUUGUUCAUUAAUUGCACAAAGAAAGGAGUACUAGCGCUUUGUAAUGCAUUUCUCAUAUCGCAAGCAGCGGAAGAAGCUACAAAGUUCGUGUUACCUGUUAUAGGAAGCGCCAUAGCUGGCAUAUUAUCAUACAAGUCAACUUCCUACUGCAUGACAAAAAUUCUUGAAGGGAUGUACGAAGAUGCUUUGAAAAUCAACAUGAAACUGAGUAUGUAUUUAGCACAAUCAUCGUCAGUUUAACGACUUCUUCUCUAUCUUAUUAUAUAAACAAAAGGGUUAAACAUGAUUUUUGUGCGUUUAUAUUUGAGUGAAAUGUCUAGCCUGAGGUAGUGUAAGACAAUUUUUAUUCAAGCUGUUUUAAGUUUUAAAUACUUUAUAAAAGCUUGUGACAAUAAUAUGUUUGUCCAUAUAGUCGUUAUGCGCACCAAGUUUUUUUUAAAGAUAUCGUUGAAAAAACAUUAUUGAAUUGUAGCGAUUGUUUUUUAAAGUCAAAAGAUAUGAAGUUUCACAUGACAACUGUUUAUAUUGUUUAGCCUGUGUGACUAGUUUUAAAUGAAUUAUUUAAAACUAUUCCAGCAAAUAAAGACGUUGUCAAUUUCGUUAACAUUAAUUUGUUUUUGGGCAAUUUGUCUCUGAUGCUUUUUCUGUUAACAGGUAUAAAAUGAUAUGGCCUUUAUUUAGACGUGACGUUUCAUUUUUAGCAACUGAAAUCAUUUCUUCUUAUGCAAAAUGUUCUAUAAAUAUUCACUCGCCGUAUGGUUUCCUUACCUAAGAGGUAGUUCAGAUCAUACUAAAUAUUUAUUAUAUAAUAACAGAUGUAAUUUGCAAAGUGAAUAUCUGGUGGAACAUUGCUAAACUAUGGUAACGGCUUGUGAUUAUGAAUGAAAGACGUUUUUCUCUUACGUAUUAAACAAAUAAUUUUCCUUUUUUUCGUUAUUGAUUUUCUUCUUUUUUAUUGACAAACGUCCCAUGACUUGCGAAUUUCUCACAUUCAAAAAGUCAUUAUGUUUAUGUUAAUAUGUUUGAAGUAAGAAUAUUACAACUCCCUGACUUAUUCGCUGUUCAGCAUGAAUAAUAUUUUCGUCAUUCAAAGUUGGUUGAGGUUAAAACUUUUAUUAUUGUAAAAUUACUUGCCCAAUGUGAUAAUCUUUAUGAUUUUGGAAACAUUAAUUUUCAUUUUCUAUUACACAAUUACCAUAAUGAAAGUUUAAAUGUUACACAACAACUGUUUUUCUCGUUUUUAUAUUUGUUUCAGAUAAACAACUUUUUUUAUUUACAUUUUGAUUUAUCAUAAAAUGCUGUUGUUGCAACUAUAUUGAUUGGUCAAUUUAGACGUUUGUAUUAAAAUUUUAUAAACUUCUUCUGUAAAGUUAUGAAUAUAUUUUGAUUUUUAAUUGAUAUAUUAAUAAAUUGUAUAACAUUAUUAAUCUGUGAUAAAGACCUUUAAACAACUAAUGAGAAUUUCUAGCACAGAUAGUUGGAGUAAGUUUACAGCAAUCAUGUAUUUUAUGAUUCUGUUGUAAAGUUGGAUUCAAACUAAACAGCGUAUGUAAUUAUUACAUAAUAUUGCAUAAUAUUACUCAGCAUAUAUGAUAAUCAUAUAUAUUGUUGAAGAAACACUAAGGGUUUGAACUUUAACUUGGAUGAAAGUGUAUUGUAAAUUUUUACGAUAUUCUCUACCAGUCACAUAGCAUGGUUUAAGAGUCUUGCAUAUAGGUAUAUAUACUUUUUAUAGAACAUGGUUCUACUUUCACUUACACUAGGUUUUUAACUUAGUGAGAUAUAUGAUGUUGAUUGUGCAUUCACAUAUGUUUAUAAAUAUGUUUACUUUCGUAAUAGUAUUUUGAUUCUUUUAACUGCUGUGUAAUACUUAGAUAUUAUAAUAAUCUUUUUUAGAAAAUGUUAAUAUUUGUGCAUGUUACACUUUUCCAUGAAUCAUUAUAAGAAUAGUUGUGUAAAGAAUGAUAAACUUAAAGCAUUUGUUAAGUAAACUCUUGUUAGCUGAACUUUGCAGAUCAAUUCAGAAUUUCAUUUAACCCGGACAUCUUAGGGAGAUUUGACAUUCAUUUACUAGUUUUUGAAGCAUUAGCAUCUCUUAAAGUUCACUAAGGUUAAUUAUUGAUUAUUAAAUAUAAUUUAAGCACCUUCGCAUUAUGUACACCCUAGUGCUUAUCUAAAUUCACUAAAUUUGUAAGUAAGUUUAGUAAUUUCCUUUUUACAGAAGUAAAUCAGAUUAGUUAAAAUCUUUUCUAUGUUCUAACUGGCAGCGAACUAUAAGAUCUUUAUUUUGUUGAUGUAGAUUAAAACAGAGCUUGUUACUAUAUAAAUAUUUUCUAUUUAUCCUGUCACUUGUAUCAAUUUCGGCCCGAUAACAAGGUGCCGUAUAUUUUUACUGAUCUACGGCACUUGAUCACGUGGUAUGCAUGUUUGCCGGACUACUUUUCAAGAAAAAAUAUAAAAACUGUCGUUAAAUCUUCUGUGUGUAGAAUAACGAAUUUUGGAAACGUUGAUAAAACUUUGUUUGUUUAUUUUAUUUCACUCUAUAAUUUUUCAAGCGAAAUAAAAAUUAUUAAAAGUGAAAUAAUAUAAAACUUAACUCGUUUGCGACAUUAAAAUAGCGUACUUGAUUUGAUUGUUUUGCACGUGCUGUUUGGCGCUACAUUGUGACGUCACGUAAACAAUACUUUAAACGUCUGUACAGCGUUAACGACUGAAUAAAAGAUAUUGGUGUUCGAAUUCAUUUUCUUAGUUAGACCAUUUUCUUUCAUUCUAGAUACUUUUCACAACAAAAUUCGACAAAAAAUUGUUUUUAUUUAUCACAUUUUUCAAACAAAAUGGCGCCCUCAAUGUGAAAAUACACAGGAAGAUAACAAGAACGGCGAGUGCAUUGUUGUAGAAUAAUGAACGCUUCGGGCCUUCUUUGUUUAUAUAGAAACAUUUCCGAUAGAGUGAUUAAAGGUAGUUUGCCUAAUAAAAGUCUUUAAAAAAAACGGUGACAGGAUAAAUAGAAUAAUAGAUUGGUGCCAUGGAUGGAGAAAGUUUAUCUGGCUCUGCUCCGGAAUUUAUUGGGUUCGCCUUCGGCUCACCCAAUAAAUUCCUCCGCCUCGCCAGAUAAUCUUUCUCCAUCCACGGCACCAACCUAUUAUUCUCUAUUUAUAGGUCAGAAAAAUUGAGGUUAUUUUUCUUAUUUCAAAUGAUUAUUUUAUUUGUACAAUCUUUCAGUUUGUCUCCUCUCCUCCUGAACUAGUUUAUUUUGAUUAUCAUACUGUUGUUAAAUUUGAACUGUUUCUUUUAAAGUACAUAUUGAUAACUUGUUUAGUUAUAAUUAGUUUAAUAGAAAUUUAAUUGAUUGAAACUAAAUCAAUAUUUGUGUUUUAUUUCCCUUUGCAUUCAAAGGGUGAUCUCAUCCUAAGGAUAAGAAUUUACCUUCAUUAUGAAAUCUUUUUUACCACUUUUCCUAACCAAACUAUUUAACAACAUUAUAUAACAAGAAAUAAGGUAACUUCUGAACAUAUGUUUAGAAACGUUUAUACGUGUUAUACUUUAACACCGAAACAGUGGUGUCAAAAGUAGGAUAGUUUUGAAAAUAGUAAAUCCUUUCAGAUUUUUAGAAUAUAUGGAUUUCUGUCAAAAUACAUUUGUUAAUACAAAGUCAGUUAUUAAUAGUACUAAAGUCAAGUCACAUUGAUAAACAAUUUUGACCUUCAUUUUAUUGUUUCUUAGUGAUAUGUUUUCUUUCAACUGGUAGGGGAGACCGGAAGGUUGAAGCUUGGUGCAAGCUAACUUAGGUUUGGUUAACAUCAUAUAAGGUAGGACAGUAAAUACAUUGGCAUCCUUCUGGCUAUACGUUGAUUUUUCCUCCUUUAUAAAAUCUUGUUGCCAUAACUCCUCAGUAAACUAUUAAAAAACAUAACAUAAUAUCAAAUUAUGUAAGCGCCACAACAGUUCCUCAGAUAUAUCGGUAGUUACAUAUACCUGAUAUUACCAAUAUUAAGGAACGUUCUUGAACUGAAACACGCAAACCUGUGUUAAUUUUAUAUUAUAUUAUUUAUUUAUAUUAAUUUUAUGCAGAAACAUAAGACCAGGAACAAUGAAUGUUUAUAGAUUGUAAGAGAAUCAAUAUUUGUCUUUAAAUCAUGACAGCACAAAAAUGAUUUGCAAGUUGAAUCAACGAGUCACAUUGUACUAUUGAUUUACAUUUACAAACAAUAACAAAACAAAACAUUGUUUCUAUACAACGGGAAGUCAAGUAAGAGUGGUUUGUCAUCUAUUAAUAAAGAAGAAUAUAAUUAUUAAAAUGAUUGAACAUGUUGUCAUAGAGGUAUAACGUAGUCUAGAGUAUAUUUGCUCGGAUAAGGAGUAUCGGUCAAUAGAUUUGCAACAUUGAUCGAAUGGAAGACGUAACAAUGAUAAUUGUUUUGCUAGAAAUUGAUUUUAUUUGACCUGAUGUGUAAUAAUUUACUGAAUCUUAAGAAUACGUCACUUAUACAUAAUCUAUGACAAUGUUCUUUUUUUUCUAUACAGCAAUGUUAAUACAACAAAAAUUCCUUUUCUUAAAUUAAUUUUUUAUUUUCAGCAUUUAGUUGAAAACACAAUUUUCGGAGAUUCUAAGAAACGGUUUAUAAAUUUAUUAUUUUCGUAUUGACUACCAUAUCAUUCUGAAGAUCGGAAAUGAGUUGUAAUUUACAUAAACUGCAGUAAAACGAGUUUAGGAAAUUGUCAAAAGCGAGUCAGAGGUUUUACUAAGCUAGCCAAUGAAUGUUAGUUUUAAUAAUUUAUUUCAAUUUGUACAACAUAAGUACUCGUAUAUACAGUAAGGAUAUACAAACACAUCGGUAGAUUUCGUGGAUUGGAAAACAAGUCAAACGUGACUUAUGUAAAUUCCUUUCCACACAUAAUGUACUUGCAAAUAAUACAGAAAAGAGCAAAAACAAAUUAAUAAUAAAACUGAAUAGAUUUUUAGUGGACACUGUUGCUUAAAGUAGAAAAUAAGAAAGGUUCUGUUUCACCAUUAUCUUAUCAUAUGAACAGAUUACUCCAAACAGUUUCUUUUGCAAAAUAAAUUUUUGUUUUAAACCAGUAUUUAAUGUAAGUUAACUAUUCAUAUUGUUUCAAAUGAAAAAGAAGACAUAAAACAUUUAAAUUAAGUUUAGAGUUAAGAUAAAUAAUAGCAAAUAUGUCUGAACACAAAAUUAUCGGGAAAUGAUGGUCAGAAAAAAAGGGAUAUUAGUUGGUUAAACGUUUCGAAGCUAAGAUUAACUGUUAAAGUUUAAAAAUGAUUGUUUUUGUUCAGGUUAAAGCUCAGGCGCUCGCCUCCGUACAAGAGAUUUUUAAGUGUCAGGGGACUUGCAGAAUAUGAAAAGUACAUAAAGACAAACAAAUGGUAUUAUUUACAAAAGAAAUCAUACGCAUAAAAACAUAACAAUUACAAGUUAAUGAAAUAAGCAUGGAUGUUUUAAAUUUUUCAUUUGCUGAUAAAGUGUUUUGUUUAUUGUCGAAGUUGAAAGAAAUGUUAAGUGCUUUGUGCAAACGUGUAUUGUACAAGAUGAAACUGGUGCAUCAUAACUUUUAAAAACAGGACAAUAUUUAUCAAUUCAACAAAAUGAAUAUAGAAACUUUAAACUUUAUAUCAUUUGCAAGAUAAAUCAAAUGUAUCAAAACAUGAAAUAACAAGUUUAGCAUUACGGUAAAGACGUUUAAAACUUCAUUCUUCUUAGAUUAAUAUUUUGUUAAAGAGUAUUUUAUUUGGUGUCGACGAAGUUUAAAGAAAGCAUUCAUUGUCUGGUGCAGUUCAACAUGAAAAACAUUGUGGGCCUACUUAUUUGUGACUUCAUAUGUAGUUAAAAUCAUUUACAAAAUGAACGGUUCAACAUAAUAGUGGUUCAAAACAAAACACCAAACAAUAAUAACAAUAAAAUUAAAUAAUUGUCAUCAUUUCCAAAAUGACAGUUAUGUAAAGACAAGACAAUAUUGUUUAAACUUACAGAUUAAUGAAAUAAGUUUAUAUGUUUGCAUCUUUUCCAUGGGUUAUAUUUUCAGUUUCAACGAUAUUUUGUAAAGAAGAACCUAUUAUUUACAAAGUUGGACAUCCAGAAUAGGACAAUUACAUGUAGUUGAACUAAGUCAAGGGAAACAAUCUUAAUAACAAAUAUAAUUAUAGAGUAAGCACUUGGUUGUGUCCCUUAUACUCGUAAGAGAUUAUAUACUGGACAAACAUCGUUUUAGUUGAAUAUUGUUUUGGUUGGUAUCAUAACAUUUCCCGUGACAUUUCUUAAUUCUGUGAAAGGUCAAAAUUAACAAGUUUCAUUGGCUAACAAAUAAAUAACAUAUCAUUUUUUCACGUUUGGUGGGAUUUGUAAAAAGUAAUCACUUCGGUCAGGGAAAUUGUUGGAGAAGUAUGGUUUUCAGCCAUCCUUAACAGAAUAGAGCUCGUCUUUAUUUACAGUCAGGUAAAUCCCAGGUUGUCCCUGUCCUGUCCUUUUUUUAUUGGUUAUGUAAAAUUAUGAUUGAAUUCAUUUUAAUCCAGAUAUUUUCUAUACCAUUCUGAAUCAGCUGUUUUGUCAGCUGAAUUGAAUUUUUAUAUUUUUAAAUACAACUUCAUAAUUAAACAUUUAUCUAAAUAUGAAAUUAAUUACAAUUAACUUGCUUUUGUUUGAUUGUGCUUGCUUAUUUAUGCUUUUUGUGUAUUUGUAGGAUACCCUUUUUAUUACGACAAUUGAAUUGAAGUGAACCUACAAACAA